AUGGAUGAAGGCCAAGCUACACACAAAGCUCUAGGGUUCAGUGGUAUGAACUAUGAUUCAUGGAAAAUCAGAAUGGAAGCAUUCUUAAUGUCUCAUUCUUAUGAUAUCUGGCAUGCUGCUGUGAAUGGAAUUGUGGUUCUUAAUCCUGAAAAUCCCUCUGAAGCUGAUAAAAUUGAUGUGGCUAAUGAUGGUAAAGCCAAACAUGUCCUUUACUGUGCUCUAAAGCAACAAGAGUUCACUAGAGUCAAGAAUUGCAAGUCAGCUAAAGAAAUGUGGGACUCUCUUCAGGCUGCCUAUGAAGGAAGCUCUAUCAUCAAAGAAAACAAGAUUCAGCUCUACAAAGUUCAAUAUGAAGCUUGUAAGAUGGAGGAAAGGGAAACUGUAGCUGACUAUUUGUUUAGGAUUAAUGACAUUGUCAACAAUAUGAAAUCCCUUGGUGAAAACAUUAAAGACUCAGAUGUUUGCAAGAAAAUUCUCAGGUCUCUUACUCCUAGAUUCAAUGCAAAGGUUACAAUUCUUGAGGAUAAAGACUUAUCUCAAAUGAAGAUUGAUGAUCUACAAGCUUCUCUUACAGCCUAUGAAAUGAGAAUUGGAACUCCAACUAUUCAAAGAAGAGAAGCUGCACUUAAAGUCAAAGAAGUUGCUGAAGAAUCUAAUCCAAAGUUUGAGGAAGAUGAUCUUGAAGAGGAUGAGGUGGCCUAUCUGUCAAAGAAGUUCAAGAAAUUUAGAUUUAAGAAGAGAAGUCAAUCUCAAAAUCUAACCUGUUAUAGAUGUGGUAAGCAUGGUCAUUAUAUCUCAAGUUGUCCAACUUUAAAAGGGCAAAAUCAGAGGAAGAAAGAAGGGGGAAACCUCAAGGGAAGAUUUGGAAGAAAGGCUCUCUUCUCAGAUUGGGAUUCUGUUUCUGAAGAAGACAAACCUGAGGAAUCAAAAGAAGAUGAGUGUUUGUUUAUAGCUACUCUUGAAACACCAUAG